AUGGCCAGCAUGGCGGUCCAGCUGAUGGGCUUCUUCCUGGGUCUGCUGGGGCUUGUGGGUAGUGUAGUUGCUACGGUGCUCCCCCACUGGAGGCGGACGGCCUAUGUGGGCUCUAACUUCAUCACAGCCACUGCCUUCUUGAAGGGGCUCUGGACGGAGUGUGUGUGGCACAGCACGGGCAUCUACCAGUGUGAAGUAUACCGCUCAAUGCUGGCUCUGCCACCUGACCUGCAGGCGGCACGGGCGUUGAUGUUGCUAUCCUGCCUGACCUCCACCCUGGCAGUCCUCGUGUCCUCUGCAGGGAUGAAGUGUACCCGCUGUGCCCGCGGCUCAUCCACCAAGCACGCCCUGGCCAUCAGUGGAGGGGUCUGCUUCCUGUCUGCAGGCAUGCUCUGCCUAAUCACUGUCUGCUGGACAACCAAUGAUGUCAUCCUUGACUUCUACAACCCCAUCAUACCUGAAGGUAUAAGGUAUGAGAUUGGUGUGGCAGUAUAUUUGGGCUACGUCUCAGCCUGUCUUAGUCUGAUGGGAGGGGCGGUGCUCUGUUGGAACUGUGAGGGGCGGCCCAGGAACCCCCUCCAUCUACCUCGUUAUCGCCACCCUCCUCCUCCCCUCGUCUUCAGUACUAUAAACACCCCCAACACCCAAGCACCCCCCUACUAUCCCCCUGUCGCCCUGAAAGGGAACCACACCCCCUCACGCACCUCAGUGUCCAGCAAUGGCUACAGACUCAACGACUACGUCUGA